AUGCUCAGAUGUAUCGUCAUCAGCUUGAUUGGGACAAAGAAUAUCCACAAGGUGACGAGACAUGUGUUCUCGCUGAAGCCCAGCAUUGUUGCCAGGCAGUUCCAUGUCAUCCCGCCAUACCGCAGCAGUUGCGAUUUCGGCGGCCCCUGUGACUGCAGCGAGUGUCGCGCGGAUAGGAGGAGAUCUAUCUGUGACAUUUGCGACAUCCGACCUGCUGUGGAGCAAUCGUACGAAUGGUCUCGCGAUCGCAAGGGUAUCUCGGGUUAUAGUUCUACCUCUUUCUGCGAGCAGUGUUGGGAAGACGAGCAACGCAGACAGAAGAAAGAGGAGCAGGAGAUGAAGCGGAAGCGGGCUUCCCGCAAGAAGAGCUGGGACGAGAUGAUGAGGCGUGUGAGGGGACUUGCUUCUGCGGAGCAAGUUCCCGUAGCCUAUGCCGUUGAGAAGCUCAAGGAUGUUUGGAGAUUCAAUAAUUCGCGAGGGUGGUACCAGCGACAUCUUAUAUAUCGCAUGUUGCAAGAUCUACAAAUUGUGAAAGUUCGGAACAGGUAUAUGUGCAAUAAACGGCGAGUUGAUGCUAUGGAUUUCAAGUUGUGGGUCUACGGUGAGGAUCUAUACCUCGAAGAUGAAGAUCUGGAUGUUGACAACGAGAAUCCGGACGUUGACAAUUGAGAGCCAUUGGGAUGUACAAUAUGAGUCAUGUGUGAGAAAUGUGUUGAAGUAACGAUGUGGGAGGGACUGUAGUAGUACUUGGGAAUGGCACGUUAGAUAAUGAGGAAGAUCUUGUUGAACAGUUUAUUUGGAAAGGCUACUUUCGG